UCGAAACCCUCUGAAUAACUCCGGGAACUGAACAGGCGGAAGUGCGCCUGCGUAGCGGUUGGACGAUGUUUCAGUCUAGGAAUUAUUUUUUUAAAAAAAGGUCAAGUUAUAAAAUAAGGUGGUGUUUUUUUUAAAAAAAAAUCUCCCCUAGGAAUCUGUUGACGUGGAAUGAUGGGAGCCGAAGUUGAGGAGUUUUGAAAGUUGGCAGAAAUUGUGGAAUUUUUCUCUAUAAUAGGUAGAACCUGGACCUACCUACAACAUUUGCAGCCAGAUUUGGAAGAGUAAUCAAUGCAUUCCUUCUAACAGAUAUUCCUGGAUCUGAAAAUGAACAAACAAAAGGCCAUGUCCGAUGAACAGACUAUCUACUUUGACCAGUUUGGCCCAGAUAUCCUUGCCGAAAUUGAAAAACUGUUCCAGAAGACCUUUUCAUACACCAAACCAGCCAACAAUGAAUGGCAGCUGCCUGAUCCCAGCCAGGUUUUCAUCUCCCAUCACAAAGCAUUCGGUUCUCUUGAAGCGCUCAAGGAUUCCUUGAACGAAGUCAAGAACAAACUCAGCGAUAAGCAACUGGACGAGUGGCAUCAGCACACUUCCUUCACCAACAAAGCCGGGAAAGUUAUUGCCCACGUCAAGAAAUUGGUCAACGCUGAGUUGUGCACUCAGGCAUGGUGCAAAUUCCACGAGAUCGUUUGCAGUUUUCCUCUUCUCCCAAGUGAUGCUCUUCAGAACGGCGAACUCAACUCGGUUCAUCUAUGUGAGGCCCCCGGGGCUUUUAUCGCCAGCCUUAACCACUAUCUGAAGUCUCACCGCAUCCCUUGCGAUUGGAACUGGGUGGCCAACACCUUGAAUCCGUAUCACGAAGCAAAUGAUACCCUCAUGAUGAUUAUGGAUGAUCGGCUUAUUGCCAAUACUUUGCCCUGGUGGUAUUUUGGUCCGGAGAACACCGGGGAUGUCAUGAGCCUGAAUCACCUCACAGGGCUGCAGCAUUUCAUAAGCAACAUGGCCACCGUUCAUUUGGUCACCUCCGAUGGAAGUUUCGAUUGCCAAGGCAACCCAGGCGAGCAAGAGACGCUCGUUUCCCCGUUGCACUACUGUGAAACGGUCACUGCUCUCAUGAUGUUGAGUCCUGGAGGCUCUUUCGUCCUGAAGAUGUUCACCUUGUUUGAACAUAGUUCGGUGAAUUUGCUGUUUCUCCUCAACUGUUCCUUCGAGGAGGUUCACGUUUUUAAACCCGCGACGAGCAAAGCAGGGAACUCCGAGGCCUAUGUGGUUUGCCUGCGCUAUUUGGGCCGGGAGGCCAUUCACGUCGUCUUAUCUAAGAUGCUGCAGAACUUUGGGUCAGAACUGGUGGCCAAAGCCCUGUUUCCCCAGCACUUGAUUCCAGAGUCGUUUCUCAAGGUCCACGAAGAAUGCUGUUUAUUCUUUCACAGGCAGCAAACGGAGACCAUUUCAGAGAACCUCCGUCUCUUCGACCGUAUGGACGAGGCGGAGCAGGCCCGGUUAAACGCUUUACGGGACUGCUGUGUCAAAUAUUUCCUGCAGAGGUUCCAAUUGAAACCUCUGACCCGAAACAACUGGCUGGUCAAGAAGCCUCACGCUGGCUACAGCAUGAACUCCAAAUGGUUUGGACAGAGGAACAGGUAUUUCUGCACCUACAACGAGAGGAAACUUCUGGAAUCCCUCUCCUGGGAAGACAAGGUGGUAAAAGGAUGCCUUAACCAAUGGAUUGAUGAACACGUUCUCGGUAACGUUGGGAAGGGCUGUGUUUUAGAAGGGGCACCUGGCAACCUCGACUGUCAUUUAUGGUAUAUCUUGGAAGGCCAGCAGUUGCCCAGAGUUAAAUUUUCUCCCUUCUGUGGCGGUGAGGUGUUGAAGAGCCUCAACGAGGCCGUUGAAAAAUCUUUGGUGGGCCAAACUAUUCAUGGUGACCUUAUCCGAACGACGUACGCGGAAUGCCAAUUCUGCUGUGUUCUUACCGCCUCAUCGGUGCUGUCUGAAUUAUCAGAACUUACGGAACAUCAUGAACCUACUCCAGGUAAAGAGAGUGUGAGCCAAAGAAAGUGCUUGCUUUUAGGCGUCCCACUGUUUUACGAUGAUGAAAGUCGGUCUGGCUUCGAAAUUAAAAACAUGGAGUCAGCCCAUCUCUUGGCUUUUAGCUGUACUUUACUGCACGACGGAGAACCGAAAUAUCAACUGCAUUUUCUAGAGUGCCUUUUGGGUGCAUUUCCUCAGCUUGAAAAAGGGGAUGCGUUGGCUUUGCCUGUUCUUUCUUGCUUCACCCGCUUUAUGGCUGGUUUAGUCUUCAUACUGCAGAGUUGUUUCCAGCGUAUUUCCUUCGCUUGCCCCACAUCAUCUCAGCCUCUGAGGACCAAUGCCGUCUUGCUCUGUGUUGGAUAUCAAGGACUUCCAGACUCGGUUUUCCAGUACCUGCAACAGCUAAAUGAACUUAUGAGAACCCUGCUCGACUCAAAGUCCCCACAGCAGGUCUUGCAGUUUGUACCAAUGGAGAACCUGCUGAAGGGGUUGCUGAUGGAGUUCCUGUGGGACCUCAAUACUGCCAUUGCAAAAAGACAGUUGCACCUGAUUGUCCAAAUUGAACAGCAGAAUUUGACAUGAGGAGGCUACAGCUUUUCUAGUUUGGCUAGUUAGACAUGUAUUUUUUUACCUCUCGGGAACAUGUUUAUAUCUCAUGAAGAUAUCUCAUGAACUGCUGAGGAAAAGGAGGGGAUAAUCCGUGGACCCUGAAGCACACUUAUCUUACGUCUCUCAGCUGCCCCAGCCAGCCUGGUCAAUAGUAGGGAUACCAGUGUGAAUUGAUUAGGCAAUAACUGGAGCACCGUAUAAGUUUCCUACUUUUCACUUAUAUCAGGGCUGUCAAACUCCUGGGCCCCCUGGCCAGAUGCACCAUGUGCUGACCACACCCACGCCCGGUUUAGCGAAAGGGAGGAAAAGUCCGGCUAUAUCACGUGACGCCACCGUGACGACGUUGAGUUUGACACCCCUGAUUUAAGUAACAUUAGGAGCCCUGGUGGCGCCAGUGGUUAGAAUGCGGUACUGCAAGUUAACUCUGCCCACAGCCUGGAGUUCGAUCCUGACAGGGCUCGAGGUUGACUCAGCCUUCCAUCCUUCCAAGGGCUGCAGAAUGAGGACCCAUGUUGUUGAGGGGCAUAUGCAAAUAAUGCUUCUACAUUGUAAACCACCCAGAGAAUGCUCUAAAACAUUACAGGGUGGUGUGUAAUUCUAAGGGCUAUUGCUAUUGCUAGAAGAACUUCUAUCUGUAAUCCAGGUUUCUCCAUAUAAUGGUGUUUUGCACAUAUGUUAGAAUGACAAGUCUUGGAAUUCCCAACAAGAGGCCAUGCUGACUGGGACAUCUGGAGCUGCAGUCGUAGCAUUUAUGGAAGAGGGCUAGGAAAAAUUGCUUUGACAGACCUUGCUCAAGGCUGCUUUUAUGGAACCUCUGGUUGGAGAGAACGUAUUAAUUGGGCACAUGUUCGAGGGAAUUAGCUAGGUAUGUUAAAUAGACCAGAGCCUUGCGGUGGGAGCAAGUAUCAUAAAUUAAAGUUUCACUUUAAUUAAACUGAGCAGCUAUUUCAGAAUAAUGGUUUUGUAUAAGAAGUAAUCAAUCAGACUAGAGCUGGAAGGGACCAUGGAGGUCUUCUAGUCCAACCCCCUGCUCAAACAGGAGACCCUAUACCUGUGAUGGUAAACCUAUGGCACGCGUAGCCAUAUCAGUGGACAUGUGAGUUCACCUCUGGCAUGCACAUGUGCGCCAGCCAGCUGAUUUUUGGGCCUUCUGGGCCCACCAAAAGUAGGGAAACAGGCUGUUUCCUGCCUCCAGAGGGCCUGGGUGGUGGUGGGGAAGGCCCGUUUUUCUCUCUCAUUUGGCUCCAGAGCCUCUCUAUGAGUCUCUGGAGAAUGGGGACAGCAAAAAAGUCACUUCCUGUCCAACCAGAAGUUGGUAAACAGGCUGUUUCUGGCUUCCCAAGGGCCGCCUGAGGGAUGGGGAAGGCAGUUUUCACCCUCCCCAGACUCAUAGAAAGGCUCUGGAGCCAGGUGAGAGAGAAAAACAGACCUACCGGACCAUGGCGUGCCAGGAGUGGGGGUCGGGGGUGUGGGGCGCAUAGAAUUAUGGGUGUGUACGUGCGCAACACACACACACACACCUCCUGGCAUGCAAUGGCAAAAAGGUUAGCCAUUACUGCUGUAUACCAUUUUAGACAAGUGGCUGUCCAGUCUCUUCUUAAAAACCUCCAGUGAUGAAGCACCCACGAUUUCUGAAGGCAAGCUGUUCCAUUGGUUUAUUGUCCUCACUGUUAGGAAGUUUCUCCUUAAUUCCAAGUUGUUUUUCUCCCUGAUUAGUUUCUUAUUCAUUGUUUCUUGUCUGGCUUUCUGGUGCUUUAGAAAAUAAGUUGCCUCCCCCCUUUCUUUGUGGCAGCCCCUCAAAUACCGGAAUACUGCUAUCAUGUCUCCCCCACCCAAUCCUUCUUUUCAAUAGAGAUUGUCCAAGGAUGACUACAAGGUCCACUUAAACCUAGCCACCAACCAUGAACCUGGUGGCUUUCUUCGCAUGAUGUAACUGUGGAACGUAGUUGAUGUGGCUGUAUUUGCAUGCUUGUAAAGAGCCCACUCCCAAGUCUUGUGUGUAGCUCUUUAGUAAAACGCUGUCACAUAUCCCGUUGCAGGGGCUUCAGUGGCUGCCAUUUUGGAUGUUGGAAAGGUUGCUGUGUAGCUUCGUUGUAGAUUAGGAUGUGAAAAUUGAUUUCUAGGCUGUCCGAGGCAGUGGCCAUUUUGGGUCUCUCAGGAUGGUAAAGAGAAAAUUGUGGCUAAAGAGCUGAGGACAAGAGCACUAUCCUUUGGUGAGAGGAAGGAAUGGCUUUGCUUCCCCUUUGGUUUUAUUUUAAGUCAUGGGGAAUAACGUCCACAUUAUUUAGCUUUUAAACAAUUCAGACUUAACGAAAGAAAAGAACCCUUGGUAGCAGUAGUGGUUAGAAUGCAGUAUUGCAGGCUGACGCUGCUCGCUGCCAGGAGUUCAAUCCUGACUGGCUCAAUUGACUCAGCCUUCCAGCCUUCCGAGGUCGGUAAAAUGAGGACCCAAUUUGUUCAGGGGCCAUAGGCUGACUCUGUAAAUUGCUCAGAGGGGACUGUAAAAUACUAUGAAGUGGUAUAUAACUCUUAAGUGCUAUUGCUAUUGUUCUUUUCCCUCUGCAUGCAAAAUAUAUUUAAAAUCAACAGGACCUUCCAUCAUAACUCAUUUGGGUUCUCUUGCAGAAACCUUGGAGCAGUGUUUCCUAAACUUGGUAACUUCCAAAGCUAUAAACUUCAAUAUCUGGAAUUCUCAUCUAUGGCCAUGCUGGCUAUGGAAUUCUGGGAUUUGAAGUCCAUACUCCUAGAAACUGGUAGAAAAUGAGAGACUCCGGCAGGGUUUUGGCAAAGCAGAAAUGCAAUAAUUCAUUUUCAGGUAUUCAGGGUUACCGACAUUGCCCUAGCCUUAAAUUCACAUUCAGUGUUAAACAUGGGUCCAAGCUCUCCUAAGAACUGCUGCAAGUUAUAGGAGAUAGGGCACAGUUUACGCUUGUGGCUGCACAAAUGCAGAGUUAAAUGCAUGGGAAAGGUUCUGAGAUUCCCCAAAAUGUGAUCAUGGCCUUAGUUUUUCAUGCCUCUCUUAUUUCCUUUUGCCAAUCCAUCUUUUAAACCCUUCAAACAAUGGUUGAUGUUUUGAACCAAAUGCUUCCAUGUCUGCAGCCUAAUUUUGAUAAGUUCUUACAUUGCUUUUUCUUACAUUGCUUUUUUUUAAAAGGUGCUGCUGUGGCUUUAAGAAAUUUUAAAGUACUAGCACCUAUUUUUCAUGCUGCUUGCUUUUGACCAAGGAGGUCUGAAUCACUUCUGGCCUACAUUUUUUUGAAGUAUGUGCACAGAUCUAGAAUUGUGACAAUGCCUGCCAAUUAAAUGGAGGGAAGUGUUGGAAAAUUAACUGCAAACUGUGGGUAGCGAUAAAGGAGAAUGUAGCUCAGAGUUGAAAUGAAGGGUCCUUGGUGCUCUAUGAGCUUGGUUGUUUCCUUGUAGACGUUUUAUUACCCAUACUAAGUAACAUCAUCAGUGCAAUUAGAAGAUUAUUUAGUUUGGGUGAUGGAACGUCUUCAAGAAAGCAACCAAGCAAAGAAAGCAGCAAGGAUCCCUCUAACCAGUAGAAAUAAUAUUGGGUAAGAUUGCAAGAAAAAAAAAAUAUUGGCUGGUUGAUAGGCUUCUGCUUAGCUUUCUGCCUUAGGUGGUCACUACUCAUAGUGGUGAGUAGAGGCAGUCCUCGGUUUACGACCACAAUCAAGCCCAAAAUUUCUGUGGUUAAGUAAAUCAUUUGUGAAGUGAGUUUUGCCCCAUUUUACAACUUUUUUUGUCGUUUCACCAUUAUUAAGUGAAUCACUGCCGUUGAUAAGUUAGCAACCCAGUUGUUAAGUGACUCUGGCUUCCCCAUUGACUUUGCACGUCAGAAGGUCGCAAAAGGGGAUCAUGUGUCCCCGGGGGGCAUUGCCAUCGUCAUAAAUAUGAGUCCGUCGUCAAGCAUCCGAAUUUUAAAUCACGUGAUCAUGAGGAUGUUGCAAAAAGGUUGCAACUAUGAAAAACGGUCGUGAGUCACAUUUUUUCAGGAGCCUUGUGACUUUGAGCGGUCACUAAGCGAACUGUGGAGGACUACCUGUAUUCAGUGGGUCUAUAAAGCUGCAUGUUCGGCUUCUAAAUCAUGAGCUUACUUUUGGUUUUUAUGCCCUGAGUGAGAAUUCCUGUGCAUUUUAGAACUCAAAUAUCUAAAUUGUGCAAGAUGAGGCUUUUGCAAGGAUGUUACUUUGAUUUGGGGGGGAAAAAAUCAAACUACUGCACAAGAUGUUAUUUUAUAACAUAUAAAGGGACCAAGAGAAGUGACUGAACGCUUGAUCUCAACAGUACCUUACAUUAAAAAAAUAGCUUGCUAAUGAGUCUUAUCAAAUUGGUCCAUCUAGCGUGCUGCUGUCCACAAAGAUCAGUUCUUCAAGCCGCCAAGCAGAGUGUGCAUAUUAGCCGCACAAAUUUUGCAGUCUGCGAUUACGUAGGGCAGAGUUUUUAAACCUGGAUGCUAUCAGGGCAUGCUAGGCCACAACUCCCAGAUUUCUUAGCCAGCUGUUGUGGCCUGUCGGCCGCAAGCCCCUCCAGCAGCUGAAUUAGAGGAGGAGGCAUGGGAGUCAGGGUCAGCAUCAAGGCAACCUGAGAGCUCCAAAGAGGAAGGGGGAAUGGAACUGGCAGAGAUAGAGACAAGCAGAGCCUAGGCCGUCUGUCAGCCCUCAGAUGGAGAGUCAACAACUCCCAGGUGUGUCGAGGUAGCUGAUGAGGAAGAGGAGGAACAGCUGGAUCCAGUGCCUGACACACGAAUGCGCAGAAGGCAGAGGAGAGGAGAGCAGUGGAAAUCCAUGGACCGAUCUUUGGGAAGGAAGAGCCACCGCUGCUAGCGAAGCCCCACCCUAGCUCUGGGGAUAAAAGGCAAGGGGCGGAGAUGAAUAUUGUAGAUGUGGCACACAAAUAUUCAUCUCCCUGCCAGACAGACAUCUUAGCCUGAGGUGAGAGAGAAACUUUUUGCCAAUGAUAAAGGAAUCAUUGAUUUAACUUCAGAGGGUUUGUCGUGUUUGGGGAGCUGGCUCAGAACAUCAGCACACGCAAAGGUAUCUCGGCAAUCCUUGUCCAUUCUGUUAGCAUUGUCAACAGCUGGGAAUAGUAUAUGAUUGCAUUAAGCAAUGGUGUCUUGAACAAGCCUUUUACCUUGUGCUAAGGCGGUGUUUUUCCAACUUGGCCACUUUAAGAUGGGUAGACUUCAACUCCCAGAAUUCCUCAGCUAGCAUGCAAUAGACGAGAAUUCUGGGAAUUGGAGUUUACAGCAGGCUGGGGGAAUUCUGGGAGCUGAAGUCCAUGCAUCUUAAAAGUUGCUGAAGGGGAGAAAACAAUCUGUUGUUAAGGCCCGUCAUGAUUUACCUCAAACAAUGCUGUGUGGCGCAGACGUUUUGCGUUUUUAAACGCCGAAUCGCACCGCUGAUAUUCAGCCACAACACUAUACCAAGUUCGGAUGGAUUGGUUUUGAUUCAGUUUUCAGGAUUGGGAUCGUGGUUAGGAUGGGAAUGGUGGCUCAGUGGCUAAGACGCUGAGCUUAUCGAUCAGAAAGGUCGGCAGUUCGAACCCCUAGUACAGGUCUCCUGCGUGGAGGUUGGACUAGAUGACCUCCAAGGUCCCUUCCAACUCUGUUACUCUUACUGGCAUUCUUAGAUGCCUAGGGUUUCUGUUCCUACGUUGGGACAGGUGUUAUCUUUCAGCCUGAACUCCCACGUAGGUUUUGUAUUAUGCAAAAUACCCUGAACUCCUUAUGAUAGGCAUUUUGUAAAAAAAAUACAAAAUAAAAAAAUUAUUACUUUUAUAGUCUCUCUCCUUCCAUCCCAAAUGGCCAUUAGCGCAGCUAAGAAUAAUAACAUACUUAAAACAUAAAAAGAGAUUCAUUAAGCGUAUAAGGAAACCUUCCCAUUUUAGGGUUCUCAAAUUAAUCCGCUACCUUUUUCUUUUUUUUAUUACGGCAUUAAGAGUUUCGUGGAACUAACAGACAAACCGUAUAAAUAUUCUCAGUUUCUGGAGGCCAAGUGGGAGGCCAUCAGCUAGCAAAAGCUAAUUGUUUCUUUCUCUAACCAUGUUUGCCCCUUCUUCCCUAACAGCCACCUUAAAGGCUGGAAAACUGCAUAGCAACCAUAAAAAAAAAGGAAUGCUUCUUUAAUUAUAAUAAUGGGCCCAAUUAUAUGCAAUAAAUAGGUCAAUUAACUCUCCAUGCACUGUGCUUGCAGCUGUUAAGAGUUGUUGAAUUAGUGCACUCGGCAGUAUGUUUUGCUGGGCUGGCAGGCUACUUAAAUUAGAGGACCCACUUUUUAAGGCAUUAUGUAGAUCCAUUCUUAGCCAUCACAUGAGGUUUUUUUCCGGGAGGAUCUAUCCCCAACCUGGUCCCUCAAGUCUUCCAACAGUGUCCUCAUUGUCGCAGUAAUUGACCCCAUACACCUUGUUGGCAGUCCCCUUCUCUUUCCUUCCACCAUUCUCAACAUUAUAGACUUCCCUAGAGGUCCGCAUCUUUGGAGGAUGUGUCCAAGGUAAGUUAAUUUGAGCCUGGACAUGUGUGCCUUGAGGGAGAUUAAAAAAGACCUAGUUAAGAAGAAAUUCAAACUCUAUGGCAACAGCAAAUGUCACUUACCUAGAUGAGUGUGAAAUUAUUUUUAUGCAUGCUUCUAUGAAGUGAAGGGUACCUUCUCCAUUCAACUUCUAUGAGGUUAUAAUAUCUGGGCUGCAUAAACUCAUGCAGCCAGUGGAUGGCAGCAAAGAGCUUUACUGAUCCAGUAUCUAGUAAAGGUAAAGGUUCCCCCGCACAUGUGUGCUAGUCGUUUCUGGCUCUGUCGUGUCCCACUCCUCCGCUGACGGCCGGGUCAGGGAAAUCCGAAUCAGGCUUGCCUCUGCAGCUCUGCCCAAAGUCCUAGCAAAGUCCUCAGAGCAGGCAGGAGACCAGUAAGUGACUUCAGCAAGAUAAGUUUGACUUUUGCCUGACUCAGAGACUGCCAGAAAGUAGAUCCUUUAUAUAGGCCAUGGGGUGUGGCUCCAUGACUCAGCACUCAUUAAGGCCUGCCCCUCCCUUCCCUCUGUUGCCUCCGCCUAUCCAAUCUUCUGAUGCGAGGGUCACACCAAUCAGCUGUUGGUAAUAAACCCUCCUCAGGCUCACAUGCUGUGGAGGAGGGGGAGGGGUCUAGCUGCUCCGUUUGCCUGGGCAUGGAGUCAGGGCUGGGGCCGGGAGGCAUACAUUCCUCAGUGUUCGGGAGCAGGUAAGAAGGCCCCGGCUGCUCUGAGGGCGGGCAAGACACAACAGGCUCUAGGGGGCAGUGCUAAUCUCCGUUUCUAAGCCAAAGAGCCAGCGCUGUCCAAAGAUGUCUCCGUGGUCAUGUGGCCGGCAUGACUAAACGCCAAACGUGCAUGGAACAUUGUUACUUUCCCACCAAAGUGGUCACUAUUUUUCUACUUGCAUUUUUUACGUUCUUUCGAACUGCUAGAUUGGCAGAAGCUGGGACAAGUAACAGGAGCUCACUCCGUUACGCAGCACUAGGGAUUCGAACCGCUGAACUGCCGACCUGAUUGACAAGCUCAGCGUCUUAGCUACUGAGCCACCGUGUCCCUUUAGGUCCGGUAUCUAGAGGAGCCCAAAUAUUUAUAGCCAUUUUGCUUUUCCCCACAACAUUUUGGAUUAUUAUUUUUAUUUACUGAACACUUUCAAUAAAUAGUCUGUCGUCUCAAAAAGAGCAUAAAGUAGCAACAAUGUCAUCAAAUAGACCGCUAGAGACCCAAAGACGAACUGGCCGGCGUGCACAUGCCUGGUUUUUUGGCCGUUUUCUGGCACUCUGGUGCCCGCGAAGACCAGCUGGACAUGAGCACUGGAAACCAGAAGAGCAGCUGGCAAUGGCGCGCAUGUCCACAGAGACGGCUCUACGUGCCAAAUCUGGCACACGUGCCAUAGGUUUUGCCAUCACGGCCCUAUAGCUUGAGGCAGUGUAAUGUUUUUGAACAAGUUUUAAAAUCCUCUUGCUUCAUCUUCACCAUCAUCUUUCCAGGGUUCUUGGUUCAGAUAUAGAGAUUGGUUAUUUUUUUUUCUUUUUAAAGCCCUUUUAAUCCCUUGUAUCAGAGUGGAGUCAGGGAUACUGAACAGAGUUGAGCAUUUACUAGCCGGAUGCCCUUCCUGAGGCCUAUGCCGAGUUGACAGCAGAUAUUUUCUCUUUGUGGCCUAAUAGAGAAACAUUUGCCGCUGCUUAGAAUUGAACUCUCAAGUCUCCUGAGUGCAAGGAGAGUGUCUUAACCUCUACCGUUCAGAGAUUGGUUAUAAUUCAUAAUUAUAAUUCAUUUCUUGGCUAAACAGAGAUUUGACCACGAAGCGAUGUUUUUCAUUUUAAUUCGUGACAUUGAUAGCCUAUAUAUUUGUUAUGUCAGCAGUGCAUUCAUGACAACUAAAUAAAAUAAAUAAAUAGAAAAAACAUUGCUUCAAAUCACACUGUCUCACGAUAGAUUGCUUGUGCUGUGUUCAACUGUAUUUAACUUUUCUGCCUUUUCAUUUGUGAAAGGAGGAAAAAAAAUAGUUCUUUUUUCCCGUCCACCACUUUCAUUAUUCUCUAUUAUAAUCAACCCAAGGGCAUCAAUAAUGGAAAUAAUAUUUCAUUCUGCGUUCAUCGAUUUGGCUGUUAUUUACCCCCAAGACAGGAAAAAUGUCAAUAAACAUUGAAGUUUCUGCCAACGUUUGGUUGCUUUUAACAAGCUGAGCUCUUAAAUUAUUUCCUUUAACAGAUGAGUUCUCAUCUGUCAGGGCCAAUUCCAUUAUGAAAUUAAUUAAUCUAACUGAUGUGGACAAUUGAGUUUAAGUUUGGGCAAGAAAGCAAUAAUCCAAACCAUGGAACUGUAUUGGUUAUAUUUGAAAUACCUCCUCUCCCCAUAAGUCUGGUGAGGGUCAAAUAAGAAGAAAAAUGAAGAGAAUGCUAAUUUUUAAAAACUUGCUUGAAAAGCAUAUAAAUCUAUUUUAUAUCUCAACUGUUAUCUGUGAGCUUUAAAGGGAAAAAGAAAGAAUGAGCUUACUAAAGGUCUAGUAUACUGCACGAAUCAAAAAGAGGGCUGUGAAAAUACUUACAGACUCCUCACGUCCUGGACAUAAAUUGUUUCAACUCCUAUCCUCAAAAUGAUGCUACAGAGCACUGCACACCAGAACAACUAGACACAAGGACAGUUUUUUCCCGAACGCCAUCACUCUGCUAAACAAAUAAUUCCUUCAACACUGUCAAACGAUUUACUAAAUUGCACUACUAUUAAUCUUCUCAUCGUUCCCAUCACCCAUCUCCUUCCACUUACGACUGUAACUUUGUUGCUUGAAUCCUUACGAUCUAUACUGUAAUUGAUUGUUUCCGGAUUGCUUAAUUGUAGCCUAUGACUAUCAUUAAGUGUUGUAUCAUUAAGUGUUAAAUUUGUACCCUAUGACUAUCAUUAAGUGUUGUACCUUGA